GUCAAUGAGCGCUCCGAUCCGCAGCAGCACUACAGGUGGAACAAGAGUUCAGCGCUGGUCCGGCUGUGCUUCUCUAUGAAAGAGUGAGGAUUCGGGGGGGAAUUAUUCAUUACUUCAUUCUAACGGCCGGAGGAAAACUGUCCCGUUUCAGGUCGAGAGGUUACGCGAGGACACCUGGCUGGACUGCUGGGACGGCACACCACCCAUCAUGAUCAGAUCAUCGCUCGCGGCCAUUUGUCUCGCGCUGCUGCUGUCCUCUGCCUGCUGGGCCAAGCCAAAGAAACCCAAACAAGUUGUUCCAUCCAUAGAUUGUGAUGUCAGAGCAGGAAAGAUCAAUCUCCCAGAGUUCAUAGCCAAAUGUCCCGCUCAAUGUAAGGAGACGAGGCAGCAGGUCUACGGGACGGGCGUGUUCGCCUCCAUCUCCAGCAUCUGCAACGCAGCCAUCCACAGCGGCGUCAUCACCAACACGGGAGGGAAGGUGAUUGUGAGGAAGAUGGCGGGGCAGAACGCGUACAAGGGCAGUAACUCCAAUGGCGUGCGCUCUCUGUCUCUGCCUAAGUGGAGGGAGUCGUUUGUGGUCUCAGUUGGGAAGCCCAAGAAAGGAGUGAUCUACCCAUCGACUCUGGACUACGUCCCGUCGAGACCGACCUACGUGAAACCAUCGCUGCCUACGACCACGGCACCUGAACCCACCACGACGACUACACCUGAGCCCACCACCACACUGGCUCCCACCACCACCACACCAGCUCCCACCACCACCACCACCACCACAGCUCCGCCUCCACCCACUACGAGCAAGCCUCGGGCUGCUGUCCACAAAGUUAGGGAUGCAGGCAGCAGUCACCCAUACCUUGCCUCAAGGCAGUCACAGAACGAGCAAGGAAAGAGGCCCGUCCAAGUAUUCAGAGGAAGUGCCUAUCCAAAUAGAUUCCCACAACGUGCCGGCACAGGCGCGGGUCUGCGCAGGCCGGAGGCCGGCUCGCAUAUCAGGAGACCACCGUCCUCUCCAGUUGUCCCAGCCUUUAACAGGGUUCAGCCGGCUCCACCCGAGCGGACUCCAACGAUGAGCCAGUCAAACCCCGCUUUUCCCAGAAGGGAUUGGCCGCCUCCCUCCUUGCCUCGUCCUGAUUGGUUCCCAGGGGCUCGACAUCCAGCAGAUGUUAGUUAUGCAGCCCCAGACUCAGGAUACACGUGGAGUGAGACGGACACACCUGAGAUUACAGCUCGGGAUCACAGGCCUGAUAUCUCAGAAUAUGAGCGCUGGUAUUAUAACUUUGGACCGUACCUGCCUCGCUCCGCUGACGCAGAAGGAGCCCGUAAAGUGCCGUUGGACAAAACUCAAACUAGAGUGGAGCCAGUGGACGCUUGGAAGCCAGACACAAAUCCGUAUGAAUCAGGCUUCAACGUGAGGCAGCAGGAACCUGCACCCAGAGCCCCGGAGCCUGUGUCUCAGGGCGACCCCGACUGCAUGGUGGACCUCGCCUUCCUGAUGGACGGGAGCUGGAGCAUCGGGAAGAGGCGCUUUCAGAUCCAGAAGGACUUCCUGUCUGAGGUGGCUCAGGUCAUCAGCGUGGGUGUGGCUGGACCCAUGAUGGGCAUCAUCCAAUACGGGGACGAGCCUGUGACAGAGAUCAGUCUGAGGUCUUACUCCAACUCCAGAGAGGUGAAGUCAGCCGUAGAAAAGAUUGGGCAGAAGGGAGGCCUCUCCAACGUAGGAAAGGCCCUCUCCUACAUCAACAAGCACUACUUCAGCGACGCCAACGGGAACCGGGGAGCCGCUCCCAACGUGGCCGUGGUGCUGGUGGACGGCUGGCCCACCGACAAGGUGGAGGAGGCGUCCCGGCUCGCCCGCGAGUCGGGCAUCAACAUCUUCUUCGUCACCAUCGAGGGUGCCGACGACAACGAGAAGCAAAACCUGGUGGAGACCAACUUUGUGGACAAGGCUGUGUGUCGGACCAACGGCUUCUUCUCCCUGCCCGUGACCAGCUGGUUCGCCCUGAGGAAGGCCGUGCAGCCCCUGGUGAAGAGAGUGUGCGACACGGACCGCCUGGUGUGCAGCAAAACGUGCGUCAACGCCAACGACAUCGCCUUCGUCAUCGACGGCUCCAGCAGCGUGGGGACGGGAAACUUCCGCACGGUGCUGCAGUUUGUCGCCAACAUCACGCGGGAGUUUGAGAUCUCGGACACGGACACGAGGGUCGGAGCCGUGCAGUACACCUACGAGCAGAGGCUGGAGCUGGGCUUCGGCCAGUACAACAACAAGGCCGAGCUGCUGAACGCCAUCAAGCGCAUCAACUACUGGAGCGGCGGGACGAGCACCGGUGCCGCCAUCACCUUCGCCGCGGAGCAGCUUUUCAGCAAAUCCAAACCCAACAAGCGCAAGAUCAUGAUCGUCAUCACAGACGGGCGCUCCUACGACGACGUCAGGGUGCCGGCGCUGGCUGUCCACCGUCAAGGUGUGAUCGCCUACUCCAUCGGCAUCGCCUGGGCGGCCCAGGAUGAGCUGGAGUACAUCGCCACGGACCCCGACAAGGACCACUCCUUCUUCGUGGACGAGUUCGACAACCUCUACAAGUUUGUUCCCAAAAUCAUCCACAACAUCUGCCAGGAGUUCAACUCCCAGCCCAGGAACUGAGGCCGGGGCGGGCGGAGGGGCGGGAGGUCCGGGGGGCCGUCUUAACAGAACCGCGUUCGCAAAUUGACUCACUCUGCUGCCCAGAUGGCGGCGCCGGAUUGGCUGCAGCGCCGCCACGUUUGAACAGGGAGGGUGUUUUAAAACUAGGGUGAGGAUAGUGCGUUUGGACAAAGCAAACUUUAAAGUGAAUCCGCAUUCGACCCCAAACAUACAGACUAAUGCUAAAUGGUUUGCAUUGACAGACUUAUUGACGUCUUGUGUUUACUGUGUACUCUGUUGGUGCCAUGAAGAGAACAGAGUAUUACUAAUUAUUUAAUAGGUCAUCCUUCAUUUAGGGUUUAUAAGUUGUAAAUAAGGGUUUUUAUUAAUGUCAGGGUUGUAAGAUUUAGAAGAUGGUGUUAAUUCCUUUCUAAAACAUACGUCUUUUUAGAUUUUUAUUUCCCUUUUUAGCUGACCCCUGACCUUCUGUAAAAAAAAUUUGGGGAUUAUCUGAUGAUUAGAAUUUAUAACUACAAACAUGUGAAAGCCGGCGGCCGAGGUAGAGAAGCCAAAGGGAGUUUUGGCAAAACUAAAAAGUAAAAGCCCUGAAACACAACUUACAGAACCUUUACAAAGGAGGCCUUAUUAUGCAGCAGUUCAAAACGAUCAACAGACACAAAGCUGCCCCACUGGGAUACGGUGCUUGCUAGUGUAGAUUUAAAGCAUGCCUAGCACUUCCUCCUAUGCCUUAACACACUUCAUAAAGUUAAAUAAUGUGGUGCUUUUUAUACAAUUCUCUGUAGAGAGGACACACUUAGAAAUGGUGCAUUUUAAUCUUCCUGAUAGAUUGUUAACGUUCCUCUCCGAGGCUGUGGUGCUGAUGUGGCUUUCGGUAUGAGUGGGAGCUGAAAGUAGGAUUAUUUGAAAGGCAAAUCAACAACAUGGGACAAAGAAGUGGACUUUUGUGAGAAGGGAGGAAAGAGGAGCUGGUUUAUCUUUGCAGAGUGAUGGCAGAUCAUCGACGGGCUUCUCGCAAUUCCUCACAUCCAUCGUUUUUAACAGUGUGGUUGCAUUUAAUAUUGCAGACAUUUCUAAGUUUUGAUGAAAGAGUAUUUAUGAUUUUCUUCCCUUUAUACCGUUUGUACAUAUGCAUAUCAAAAGCCUUUUGCUUAUGUUCAUAAUUGAUCCUUUUUUUUGUUGCAAUUUUUAAUAAAAUACAAAAAAUAAAGCGAACUUAACGAUG